UAAGGGAACUGUAGCGUGCAUCAUCCCUCCCCGCCGUCAGUACAAUUGUCGAAAACGUUUUAUCUUCCUUCUGCUGACAUUUAGCUGACACCAUGCCUACAUGGAACCAGAUUCAGCAACAACUGAAGCAUCCAAAUAAUCCCGUGGUGUUUUUUGACAUCACAGUGGGACAGACUGAAAUUGGACGAAUGAUAAUGGAGCUGUAUGCAGAUGUGUGUCCCAAAACCAGUGAGAAUUUUAGGCAGUUUUGCACAGGGGAAUACCGCAAGGAUGGAGUCCCAAUAGGAUACAAGGGUGCCAGCUUCCAUCGUGUCAUUAAAGAUUUCAUGAUUCAAGGCGGUGACUUUGUCAGGGGUGAUGGAACUGGUACCCAGAGCAUUUAUGGUCCAAGCUUUCCAGAUGAAAAUUUCAUCCUUAAACAUGAUGGCCCAGGCUUAUUAUCACUGGCUAAUAGUGGAAAAGAUACAAAUGGUUGCCAGUUCUUCAUCACAUGUGCCAAGUGUGAUUUCUUGGACGGCAAGCACGUUGUGUUUGGAAGAGUCAUAGACGGUCUCCUUGUGAUGCGAAAGAUUGAAAAUGUUCCUACUGGACCUAAUAACAAGCCAAAAAUUCCAGUCACAAUUUCUCAGUGUGGCCAAAUGUGAUUAUGUUAGUGGAACAUAUGUUUGUGAAUGUCUGAAGGUUUUUGUGAAUUUCAAAAUGAAUAAAUGUUUUCCUUUUUUUUACAAAAUAUA